GUGUUGUUUUGAAAAUGAAUAGAAAUUGGAUUAUUGUACCACUUAUAGCUAGCGUUGCUAGCUUCGUUGUCGGACAAUCUAUCAGACAAUUUUCUUGUGAGCUCAAAAGUGACGGAGUAUUCGAAGGGAAAUUAGAGCAAGGUCUAUUACGACUGGAUCAGCGCCCGUUCGCUUAUUUCGAAGAUUGUGAAGAUGCGCUCAAGAAGGGAUUUACGCUGAGCGGUGUCUUUCGCAUCAAACCCAAAGCUUCGUUUCGGCCGUUUCAAGUGUGGUGUGACAUGGAAUCGGAAGGUGGUGGGUGGACCGUCAUUCAAACCAGAUACGAUGGAUUGACCGACUUCUUCAGAAACUGGAAGGAAUACCGGAAUGGUUUCGGCAGUGUUGAGGGUGAACAUUGGCUCGGAAACAAUUUUAUUCGCCAAUUGACGGAAAAUAACGAUUAUCAAUUGAAAAUUGAGGUGAUCGGUUUCCAAGUGAACGAAUACGCAUACGCUAAAUACACACCGUUCCGCAUUGGUUCGGAGGACGAAAACUAUAAUCUAACCGUUGGAAAUUUUACUAGUUUUGGACAAAUUAAGGAUUCUCUUACGUAUCAUAAUGGAUACAUGUUCUCAACGAAAGACAAAGAUAACGAUAGUCACGCAUCAAAUUGUGCUGAUAUCGUUAAAGGGGCUUGGUGGUAUCGUUCGUGUUAUCAUUCUAACCUUAAUGGAAUGUGGAUGAGUAAACUUCGUUCGCUUACAACUAGGGGACCUCAAUCAACUAAUAAUCUGAGUGGCAUACAUUUUCGUAAUACUUUUAACGUCGAUUUUUACAGCUUAAAGAGCGUCGAAAUGAAAGUGAGGAGGAUUCCACAUGCAUAAUUUAGUUUUCUUUAAAAUAGAUUUCGGUCUUUUUGUUUAAGUUUGUAAUAAAAAAGUUUGAAUUCCAAA